AUGGCUUGGAUUCUAGGAAUUUUUCUGCGCCUAACUUCUUUUGUGGUUGCCUUCGCCCAAGUGGAGCUUAAGGAUGAGGACUACAAUAAGACUUGGAUGUAUAUGCCCAAUGGUGACGGAGAUAUGGUAGUGGCUUAUCUAGUUGAACCACCAGCCGAGCACGAUCGUAGUGAAAUCUCCGAAUUCAUACAAUUUGAGUAUUACGACAGCUCCAGCCCAAAUAAACCGUUAGCUGCUGCGAUUUCGCUUGUUGAAAAGCCCAGUACUACAGCUCAUCACCGACGACGUAAGCGUGAGACCUGGGAGGAGCUUGCCGAUAGAUUCAAGGCUGAUAUAAAUACGAAAAUACUGGUACAUGGUUGGAAAUCGAGCUCACGCAGCAAUUCCAUACAAGCCAUACGCAUGGCGUAUACCGAACGUGGCAAUGUGAAUGUGUUCGCUAUAAAUUGGAGCGAUCAGGCGGCGAAUAUUUACUACCUUGAGCCAGCGCGCUAUACAGUGCAAGUGGGUAGGGCGGUGGCGAAAUUAAUUGAUUUGUUGGUGGAAGAGAAAGGUGCCGAUCCACAGACUAUCCAUUUGAUAGGGCAUAGCCUGGGUGCGCAUAUAAUGGGUUACGCAGGGUCAUAUUCUAAGUAUCGGGUGGGACGCAUUACAGGUUUGGACCCUGCGCGUCCCGCUUUUGAAGGAAAUACUGGUCCAGAGAAUCACCUCGAUGUAACCGACGCAGAAUUCGUUGAUGUCAUUCACACUUGCGCUGGUAUUUUGGGCUACAAACAACCAAUAGGUGCGGUCGAUUUCUAUCCAAAUGGAGGUGGCGCCUUUCAGCCGGGCUGUAAUCAACCGGCGCAAAUAUUUACUGGGUGCAGUCAUGGCCGCUCUUGUGAAUAUUUCGCCGAGUCAGUUAACAGCGAAAAGGGAUUCUUGGCCAGCGCUUGCAAUUCCAUUGUGGAUGCUAAUGCAAUGAAUUGUACUGGACAACGAAUUUUAAUGGGAGAUCCGGUUUUGAAAAAUGCGCGAGGCAUAUAUUCGGUGAAAACGGCUGAUAAACCAUAUUUUGCACUUGGCAUUGAUGGAUAA